UCAUAAAUCCUUUUUCGUUGCACACCUUUCGAUCACUGACCGACGUGCCGGAAACCAAAGCAUUCACUGUUUGUUCUCCCGCGGGCCACGAGUUCCAGCUGCACCAUCCGUACACCGGUUAUACAGGAUAUAUAAUAUUAUUAUUAUAUAAUAAUAUAGUGUUUUAAAUACGUAUAAUAGUUGAGUAUAUUUUUUAAAAUCAUGACGAGGAUUAAAAAAAUAAAAACAGUUUCCAACAACGAAAAUUUUAAUAAAACUGUGGUGCAAAAAACAAAAAAAAUCAAACUCAAAAGCCAAACGUUUAAGGGAUGUAUCGAAUUAUUUUAAUAUGAAAGAAAAAAACGCCAGUGAAAAUAAAUCUGAGUCGAAAAAAAGUAAAAAGAUAAAUAAAACAGAUACGUUGAGUAUGAGUUCUUCAAACACAAAAAUGGAAUCAGUUGGAUAUGAAAAGAAACAAGGUACUGUAGAAAAAAUUGAAGAAAACUCAUCAAAUUCACACGAUAAAGAUGACAAUGAAACAGCAAAACUUGAAAUAGUACAGCUGAAUAUGAAUUGUUUGGUAAAAUUAGAAGAUUAUUAUAUGAUGGAAAGUCAAAAGAUAAUUAAAACAGUAGAGUCCGAAAUGAAACAAUGUACUGAAACAACAACUGAAUACUCAUAUAAUUUACCCGAUAAAAAUGAAGGAAUACCUGUUGUAAGUGCAUCUUUUGAAAGUUCAGGGUAUAGAAAAUCUAAAAGCACAAAAAUGGAAUCAGUUGGGUAUGAAGAGAAACAAGGUACUUCAGAAACACUUCUAGAAAACUCAUCAACAUUACCAAACACAGAUGACCAUAAAGGAUCGGUGCACAAAAAAUCUAAAAGCAAAAGAGUUACUUUCAAUAAUAUUGAAAACAUAAAAAAAAAUACUUCAAAAAGACACCUCAGGGAUAAAUCAAAUAGUAGUAAUAUAAAAGAAAAAGAUGCCAGUGCAAAUAAAUCUGAAUCGAAAAAAAGUAAAAAGACAAAUAAAACAGAUACGCUGAGUAUGAGUUCUUCAAACAUAAAAAUGGAAUCAGUUGGAUAUGAAAAGAAACAAGGUACUGUAGAAAAAACUGAAGAAAACUCAUCAAAUUCAACCGAUAAAGAUGACAAUGAAACAGCAUCUUUUAGAGGUUUAGGGCGUAGAAAAUCUAGAAGGUUUAUCAAACUCACAAAAAUGGAAUCAGUUGGGUAUGAAGUUGAACAAGGCACUACAAAAAUAAUUCUAGAAAACUCAUCAACUUUAGCAGAUAUAGAUGACAACGAAACAAUACUUACUGAAAGUGCUAAACUUGAAAUAGAACAGAAUAUGAAUUUUUCGGGCAAUUUAGUAAAAUUAGAAGACACAAUGAAAAGUCAAAACACAAACAUUUACACAGAGGAGCCCGAAAUGAAACAAUGCACUGAAACAACAACUGAUUACUCAUCAAAUUUAUUAGAUACAGAUGACAACGAAACAAUACUUACCGAAAGUGCAAAACUUGAAAUGGAAUGUUCAUCAAAUUCCAAUAAUAAGCUCAAAAGAAAAUUAUCUAAAGUUGAAGUUAUAGUUGAAGUACUACAGGAUUAUCUAAAACGUUUUAAAUCUUCAUAAAUAAAUAAAUAUUAUAACCCAUACGUUAUAAAUUUGGAUACAUUUUACUUAUUUAUAUUAUUUUAUUGUAUUAUUAAAGCAUCGUUGAGAUGCAUAUUUUUAAAAAUAUUUUUUACAAUGUUUUAAUUAUU